AUGGAGUCGCUGCGAUUUCGCGCACCGCCGGCACGGCGGAAGCUUUCUAAUUUCCGUCGACCCAGAGUCUCUCUCUGCGCGUACUUCGCGCUUGUGCUACUGCUUUCCUCCGCGCCGCUGACGGCAACCGCGCAGCCUUGGCGGAAGUCUUCCGCGAACGGACAGGCGGGAACCUCCCGCGCAGCCGUCACCAUCCACAAGCUGACAGAACGGCUGCUAUACGCGGGAACGGGGAAGAUUGCGCCAUUGCGGAGAGGGAGCGCUGCGCCUGGCGCUCACGUAGCGGAAACUUCCUUCUCCGCCGUUUCCGCUGACGAUAUCCACACUACCGCUGAAAGCGCAGCCGCUGCGGUUCCCGCGGAGAUAUUGGCGGAUCUUCCGCCUGACGCUGCUCCGCGGGUCACCAGCGGGAAGGUCUCUCCGCGCCGAAGCCAGGGCGCGUCCGCAAAUCGCCGCGGAGGCGGAAGAGGUAGCUCCUGGCGCGCGGCGCAGAUGGCCGCGGAAUCCCGAGUUGCGGCGGUUGUGGGCGGAGAAAGGCCUGUGGUGGGGUUCCCCGGGAUCAACCAGAAGACGCUGAUUAACAGCGGCACCCCGCCCAGAUACAACCGAAGCAUGAUCAAAGUCACACCUCCAGAUGUUUUCAUGUGUGUGGGGAACGGGUUUAUCCUCCAUACAGUCAACUCCGCUAUGGUGGUGUAUAACACUAAGGGACAGCAACUGACAGCCAUCACGCCACACAACGAGUUCUUCAACGCGCUGCCGCGCAACAUGGGGACAUACGAGGGCGCACCCAAGGGAGACGCCAUUGGAGACAUGACAUGCACGUAUGACCACCGCUCCAAACGCUUCUACCUCGCCACCUACUGGACCUCGGGUGGGGGCAAGAAUGCAUACGACAGGUUUGGGCAGACAAGGUAUCGGGCGGACGGGACAACAGUGGGGACUGGGCUGCUGGUUGCUGCCUCCACCACUCCCGACCCCACCAAACCGUGGAAUCUCUUCUUCAUCCCCUCAUCCAACGAUGGGAAGAACUCAAACGCUGAUUUUCGCCCUCCUCUCAACUUCCCAACCAAACGUCUGAUCACUUUCAUGGACUACCCUCAGAUAGGCACAGACGGAUACGGUUUCUAUCUGUCUGCCAACCACUUCUCAUACGAGGAUGAUGGUUUCUUUGGAGUCAGCAUCUUUGCCAUAUCCAAAGUGCAACUAUCUCGUCCCGCAAACACUUUCAUCCUCCGUAUAGCCAUCCCCACUACCGACAACCCCUCCGUACCCGACUACACCGUCUGGCCGCAAAAAGUAGCAGCAGAUACACCAUUCGACUACACCAACGGCGGUACAAUGUAUUUCGGAUAUAACCAAGACCCACAAAUGUUCACAACCUCCGUCUUGAACCGCAUAGGGGCGCUGCUUAUAACGGGGACAAGCUUCCUGGGCACAAAAUUGGCCCUCUCCCGCAUACAAACCUUCUACUCCGCCACAACCUGCCCGGAAUAUUUCACCACGGGCUAUGUCACCCAAAAAUGGAGCCCCGUUCCCUUGGCAUGGGAAUACGGGACAACAAUCAAGCCUAUAGACCCGUCAAGCACAGACGUGCGAGGAGUGGUAGUGGCACCUGUGAAGAAACAGAUGUGGCUUACCUUUAUGACAGGCAGUUCCACAUCCCAGGACCAGGGGCCUUACGUUGUGAUAGCACGCCUGCGCAUGCUGCUGGUUCCGACGCGGCGGUGGCAGCCGUUUCGGGUGGUUCUAGAGCGGUUCAGGACGGUUGGGGUGAAGGGGAAUGGGUUGAUCCAGCCGAGUAUAGCGCUGAACAGACGAGGGAGGGGGAUCAUGGCUGUGUCUUUGGCAGGACCGUCGUAUUUCCCCUCUGCUGCGUAUACCACUGUGAAUGGGGAGACAGCGGUGGGAGAUGUGGUGGUUGCUGCUGCAGGCGGCGCAGCUUUGGAUGAUUACUCGGGGUACAUGGGGUUUGCUGAUGCAGUGCGAUACGGCGACUACAUGACAGCUGGCAUCGACGAGCAGGGGAACGCGUGGGGUGCGGUGCAGUAUGUGCCGGGGAGCCCAAGAACCCACUGGACCAAUUGGGGUACCUAUAUCUUCAAGGUGCCUCUGUAA